AAAGGAUAAGAAAGCAGUACUAGGACAGACAUUAAAAGGCAGUAUUAGGAGUAUGUACCUAGAAAUAGACAAAUAACAUGUUUUUAAAUUAAUCUUUCAAUAAUCCUAUCUUGCAACAAAAACAUGAGUUUAUCAAAUAGAUACAAUAACCGAUAUCGGUUUCGUGAAAUCUAUAACGCUUCUUAAGCUGAUAUUAAAAUAAUUUAUAACAAAUUAAAUCUCUUAUUCGAGUCAACAAAAAGAUUUUUGAAACUGUAUACUACAGAUAACUGGAAUAAAAAUGUAGUAGGAAAAAAUAAUAUGUUACAUGUCGCUACUCCAGAAGCUAGAUGAGAUAAGACCGCAGUAUUCGAGAGAGCCACUCCCCAGCUAUUUGUCUAAUCGUUUUAAGAAAAUGAAUCCGCUAUUGUGGUGGGUGUUACUUGUGAUCCUCCUUAUUAUAAUCAGUGCUAUGACGGUGUACCUAUUCUACGAUCUAUUUAAUAGCUGUUCCGAACAAUCGAACGACAAAUCAGAUCUGGAGCUGUACAAACCGCCACCGCAAGCCACUCUAGUGAAGUACAAGUUUGACAAAUCGGACGUGGAGGAUCUCACUAAUAUCCAAGGUCACUUCCAGAAGACUCUUUCCAAAGUAAUUCUGGUGAACGAGGUGGAGAAAAAAUUUGAGAAUCCCAGUCGGAGAGGAAGUGUACAACCACCAAGUAGGAAGUACUCUCUGUUGCAGGAUAUACACGAAAGUGUUCACUUGUUCAACGGGUCUUACAGCGUACAGGACAUCAUGAGCGAGCUUCAAGAAGAAAGAAGCAGCCAAAGAAGUACCGGCAGAAGAAUGAGUACUCGCAGUGUAGUAACUGAAGGUAUGAAAAAGAAUAGUCUCGCUUCUAUAUCCACCGGUUUCGCCUUGAGCGUAGAUUCGGUGGAUUGCGUGGAUCCGACACACAUCGAAAUACUUCGAGCCAUAGCCGACAUUGAAGAAGACGCACAACAGCUGGAAAAGGAUAUAGAAUACUUCUCCGGAGGUACGAAUUCUCUGAGAUUUUUCGAACUGAACGAGAAACUAAUUAGGUACAAUAUUGCUCUGAGCGAUAUAGUUAGUUCAAGUGAGAAGCAUCGCGAAAGAAAAAAAGAAGUGCAGAAAUAUAUAGCUAGUCUUCAAAAUAUGUUAAAAAGCAGGAGCUAAAAUCUAAAUUAUUAUUAAAUUGAUUUUUAAUUUUAAGGCGUAUUUAAUUAUUAAAUAGCUAAAGUCUGAUAAUUUAUAACAGAAGUGUAGAGACGUGUAUUCGGUCUGCAAAAUAUGUUAAAAAGCUAAAAUAAAAGCAUACUAUUAAAUUUUAAGGUAUCCUUAAAGAUCCAUACUAAAGUCUGAUAAUUGAUAAUGUAAAUGAUAAAUGUGAGUGGGUUCCCUGUUUCAGCAGGCACAUUAGGUUUCUAGUUUGAUUUUUUUUACUCAUUUCACAAACUUAUAAUAAAAACGUAUAAAACUAAAUUAUACCUACCAUAUGUAAUACAUUUUUUAGCUUAUAGCAGAUUUUCUAUUAUAUCCUUAUUCCAAAAAUACGUACAAUAAUAUCAUUCUAUACCGAGAUGUACUGUAUAUCAUAGUAUGGUGAGAAAUUGAUAUUUUUUUAAGAUAAAUUAGCCUCUUAUUGAAAGCUCUCUCAAAAUUGUAAAAUAAAAAUCUUAAACCGGAGGUAUCAUAUAAUUUUGUCUGCUACAAAAUUCGCCCUACUAAAAUUUGCAAGGUUGUUUGAUACACACAGGGUGAAUGCUGGAAUGGAAAUUUAAAAUGGGACGCCUUGUUUUUUGUAUCAUAAGCGAAUAAAGUAUUGUUGAAUA